UCGCAGACCUCUCGAACUCUUUCCCCCCGUCCCUCGAUCAUCCACGGACUAUCGGGAUUCUCAUCGCUGCUUUGGUUAAGUAGGAGGAACUCAUAAAGUCAUCGAUUAUAGUAGUCCAGGUCAGUCGGCGGCGGCGUCGCCCUCUCACCGGUACACAAGUAAGAGUUUGACGGGCUGGUUAUGGUGUAAACUAUGUCAGACACAAUGGAAGGAGAUAUCAAGAUGCAAGCCGAAAAGUUGGUGAAAUUGAAAGUGUUAUUUUUCGCUAGAGCUCGUGAUAUUACGGGAUUGAGCGAGUUGCCAUUGGAGAUUUCAUCCGGCAGUACUACUCAUGACUGUUUGAAAAAGCUACUUGUCAAGUUUCCAGGUUUGGAAGAAAUAAGAGAGUGCAUAGUUGUGGCUUUGAACGAAGAAUAUGCAACGGAGUCAGCCAUUGUCAAAGACAGAGAUGAGUUGGCCAUUAUACCUCCAAUAAGUGGUGGUUGAAACUGGCUUAACUUUCUGAAACUCCAGGACACGGUCAGUUUCAAGCUCUAAUAAAUAUUUCCAGAAGAGAAGAUUUGGAUUUUGAUAAAUCCUGAUGAGUCAUGUAUAGAAUCCCGGACGGUGUAACAUUGAUGUUGUUGUGAUUCCAAAAUAAGAUGUGUGUUGUGUAGACAAUGUGGAUUUUUUAACAGAAUCGAGAAACCACAGUUUAUUUUGCCAA